AUGGCUAACAAGCUCUUCCUCGUCUGCGCAACUCUCGCCUUGUGCGUCCUCCUCAGCAACGCCUCCAUCUACCGCACAGUCGUCGAGCUCGAAGAAGAUGACGCCACCAACCAAUUAUGGCCAUUCCCUUUCCCCCAAGGUCGCCCACAGCAGAAAUGCCAGAGGGAGUUCCAGAAACACCAACGGCUACAAGGUUGCCAGAGAUGGAUCCGCAACCAAAUCGGUCAAUCACCCUUCGACGAAAACGAAGGCCAGCAGGGCCCACAGCCACAGCAGGAUCAGCCGGCAUUCGAGCAAUGCUGCCGGGAGCUUCGCCGGGUAGACCCAGACUGCGUUUGCCCUUCCUUGAAAAAAGCGGCCAAAGCGGUUAGUCUCCGGGGACAGGAGGGACCAUUCAGAACGAGCCGUAUCUACCGAACCGCUAGGGACUUGCCUAGAAUUUGCGAAGUCGAGGGCGCUGAAACAUGUCCCUUCCUGGGCAUCCCUUUCCUCCCUCCUUACUAA